UGUCUGUCUGUCUGUCUGUCUGUCUUUAUUUCUGUCUGUCUUCUGCCGUGUUUCAGUUUUCAGUCAGACUGUCAGAGGAACCUGAAGCCUAUUCAGUGUUUGUGGAGAGCUAAGUCAUGAUGUCUGAUUCCAGGGUGUCGUCUGUCAUCCAGGAGUGGGCAUACUCGAGUCAGGCCCAUACCCAAACCCUGAACCCUACUACUUCCAACCAUGCAGGGUCAACCAGUCAGCUGACACAGAUGGACAUGAUACCGUACAGUCAGUCUCAGGGACUGGUCAGAGGGGGCACUGAUGACAGAGUGGCUGAGCAGAUGAUGGGACUGUCUUACCUGCCGUACACCUCCUCUUCCUGUCUUAGCAACAGCUCGAGCACAGGGACCACAAACCACCACCAGGGCCACCCCAACACUCAGCAGGACUUCUCUUCUUUCCUGUUGCCAUCUCUGCGGGCCCCGGUAAACAAGAGGAGCAUCAGCAAGGACAGUGCAGAGUACCGCCUGCGACGCGAGAGGAACAACAUCGCUGUGAGAAAGAGUCGGGACAAGGCCCGCAGGAGGAUCCUGCUGACCCAGCAGAGGGCCCAGCACCUGCAGGAGGAAAACCAGAAGCUGCAGAUAAGGAUAGGGCAGCUGACACAGGAGCUGGACACUCUCAAACACAUCCUGUCACAGCGGCACCUGCAUGGAGCUGAGGAAGGAGUAGCAGGGGAGUCUAAUAUCUAGAACCACAUUUGUACCUGGUUUUAACAUCUCAUCUCUGGCUUCAGAUUCAGUAUCUAAGCAGGCCUCUAAAGAUCCCUUGUUGAUUUUUCAAAUUUUGUUGAAAGGCAACCAUUUGUGGAAAAAGUCACAUGUAGAAGAAGUCGAUUUGAAAAUGAAGCGUCUUUUAGGGAUGUAAUUGUGCGUAAAGGAUUAAAGGGCUUAGUUAUAGUUUCAUAAUGUAGAAUUGUGAAAUGAGAGAAAGCAAACACACUGCCACGACUCUAGCUACCAAUGAGGACACUGAGGUCAUGUCCUCUGUCUAUACCGGAGAUUUUGGGGGUUCAGAGGGGAUUUUAUGUUCUACAAUUGAUACAAUUUAUUUCGCCCUGUAAGCCCUCUGUGUGCAUGUUCAUCUUACAAUGAGAACACCCAAAGUUUGCAGUCAUAAUGGGUCUUCAAAACAAAAGCAGCUUCUCAUUUUAGCAGUAUUUCUUAGCUGGCUGAAAUGAUGACUGUCACUAGCUGUAAAAAAAAACUUUUUAAUGUUUCCAGCUGACUUUUUGUAAACACAAGCAGAUGAACCUCAACAAAUGUUUUUUUUUUUAGAAUACAACUUGUAACAGCGCAAAUUAAUUUCUUAAACUAACACGUUUGAAAAUAAUGCAAGUUUGCUAGACAUGCUUAUGUUUGCAGCACACAUUCUUGUGUUUUUGGAUGGUAAAGGCUUGUAACGAGAGACAUCUCAUAUGUUCAGCAUCAUAUGUUACAAGGCUAAUAAAAAGACACCACCCUCCAAACUCUUAAUACAUACAUACAGUGUAUCACUAUUGCCCCAUAUGCACCCCUUCAACAUGUGCAAAAACAGGCCGGCUGUUUCUAGUUUUUUAAUCUCUGUUUGGGGGUAUAGGUUUAGCAAAUCAUUAAUUCAAUUCCAGUGUAUUAGGCUUUAAAAUAACAUUUCAUGGUGAGUAAUAAAAUGUACAGACCUCAUGCUGUAACACUUAACUGAAUAAAUAAAAUGUUUUGAAAAAUCCAAACUAUUUAAAAUUUGAGACCAGAUAUAUUUUGUAUCAACUGAAUUUUCUGGGUGAGAGGGGAAUAGAAAUUGUGUCCACGGUGCUGCACACUGGAGCGCUCAAUUUAAAGUAGAAAGACGUGUGGUGGGUUUGAAUGUGAAAUGUACUUAAGUCAUCGUAUGUUCUGAACAGCUACGUGAGAUGGCGAUAAAAAGCGCUAAUGUAUCUAAAAACUAAAAAUGUUGCACAGGUGGUUCCAGAAACAAAAAGUACAGAAGACCUAAACCUGCAUAUACUUAAAUUUAACAAAUUCAAAUUAACUUCCCUGAACGUUCAUGACAACAUCUUUACAUACAUAUAAUCCUCACAGACCCUUCAGAAAGAAGCCCCCUCUAUGCAUUAGACAGAUUUGGUAUAUGAUCUGAUUUAACACGUGUUGCCAAAUCAUCUACCUGACACUUCUUGUCACUGUCAGAGAUGAUUGUAAGUGUUGUUGCCUAACAAGGUUACACCACAACCUGUGGUUUGGAGGGUAUUUUAGUGGAAAUCUAAGUGUCUCUCUCUGUAUAAUACUCUCUUUUGUCACUAAACAGCUGUGGGAUUACUUGAAAUAAUGUUGAUAUACAAUAUAAUCUUUAAUGAUGUUGAAUGUCUUUUAUAACUUUAUAGUAAUACACUGUUAAAGCAAAACUUUGUCAAAAAGAAAAAUCUUAAAUAAACAAAUAAUUGCUUGUG